AUGACAUCUAUCCCACGACCUGACGCGAAGUCGGUUCGAGAUAUUUUGGAUGGCCGUGUUGCCAUUGUUACUGGUGCUGCAAGGGGCAUUGGGUUUUCCACUGCCUCUCUCCUUGCCCAGAACGGAGCACAAGUGGUCUUGGUAGAUUUAUCCGAAGACGCCCUAAAGUCUGCGUGUGCCAAAAUCGGACCCCGAUCAACGUACCAUGUAUGCGACGUGAGUGACUGGAAUCAGCAAGUCGCCCUAUUCAAUCGAGCCAAAACAACCCUGGGACCCAUUGACCUCCUUGUCUGCAAUGCCGCUAUCAAUCCCGAGAUUGCUCUGUUGCAGACAUCCGAUCUAGUGCACCAUGCGGAUAUGAACAACCAGGUCCGGUACAACUACCUGGCGGACGAACCGAGUCAGAAUGAAGAUUCCGCUCUCCAGCGCCCAUCAACGCAACUCUUUGACAUCAAUGUGAAUUCCGUUAUUUUCGGGCUCAAACUGGGCAUCCAUAAUAUGAAGCGAGAUGGCGGAGGUCGCAUUGUUGUGGUCGGGUCAGCCGGGUCUUAUGUGCCGAUCCCUUCACAGCCGCUCUACUCGGCUAGCAAGCACGCGGUCUUGGGCUUGGUCCGCAGCACGGCGCAGAUUGAAGACGUGGUGAAAUCGGGAAUCUCAAUUUCUUGGAUCGCGCCCUGGCUGACUCUGACGUCCAUGGUAGAGGGUCUCGAGGCUACCCAGAAUCCGGAUACCCUCAAGAGCUCACCGGAUGAUGUUGCGUGGGCGAUUCUGACAGCUGCGGCGGCCGAGAGUCCCAACGGCAAGGGUUACUGGGUGCAAGGAAGCAGCAUUAGUGAAGUGGAAGGAGCGUAUUGGGAGACUGCAGGCCGAUUAAUUGCCCCGGAGAAUCGGUUUUAG